AUGGACGAGGAGGGGCGGAGGGACAGUGACGGCAGAGAGGCGGAUGUCGUUGAUGGGGCGACAGCGGCGGCAGAGAUAAACCAUCACCACAAGGGGUCGGCAGACAAACAAAAGUUCAAUACACUGGGCUAUCAGAGGCGGACGAAGCAGAAAGUUGUGACUGACUUUGCAACAGUGAGUAAAGGAACAUCUGCAGGAGCCAAACCCAGAGCAGCACUGAGACAGGUCCUGUUCAGCCAGGGCGUGUCUGACAAGAGCCCAGCAUCUGAGGAGCGAGGUCAGCUGGAUGUAUUGAAGCAGGAUCUGGAGGCCUACGCUGUGCCAGUCUGUCUAAAGUGGAGAUGGAAGGAAGAAAGUCAGGGAACAACACUUGAGAAGAACUGGACAGAUAUAGUGCACUCUCAUUCAACCAUGUCUAAGAUGCAGAGACAUCAACAGGAGGCGCUGUGGGAGUUUGUCCACACUGAACUCACCUACAUCAACAAGUUAAUUAUCAUCAAGGAAUUGGUUAUUGCAGCUCUUGUCAACCUACAACAGCAUGGAUUUCUCCUGGAGGUGACCCCUGAGCUUCUUUUCUCCAACCUCCCCUCCAUCCUCAGUGCACACCAGCUGUUCUGGCAGGAGGUGAUUUAUCCCAUGUUACAAGAAGUCCGGAGGACAGGAGAGCCCUUUGACCCCAUGAGGUUAGAGGCUGGUUUCCUGCAGUUCCAUGAGCGUUUCUUCUCUUACCAGCAUUACUGCUGGGAGGAGGAAAACAAUCUUGACUUCACGCGCAGGCAGAUGGAGAGCAACCCACAUUUCCUCACUUAUGUUCAGUGGGUGGAGACUCAUCCUCAGUGUGAGCGGAUGCGGCUCGGGGACAUGCAGGCCAAACCCCAUCAGAGGAUCACCAAAUACCCCUUGCUGCUGAAAGCUGUGCUCAAAACCACCCAGGACCCUCAUGUACAGCACAUACUCAGAGGCAUGUUGUCCAGUGUAAACAGUUUCUUGGUGGGUAUCAAUGACUACUUGAAGCUAAAAGAUGAGGCACUCGCUCUCUCCAUCUCUGCUCAGAGGGUGGAGGGAUAUGAGGUUGAGGGAAUAAAUGAAGAAAUUGACAAGCAUGUCCGAGAGAUCUGCCAGUUCGACCUAACAUGCCCCAUCAGAGGAGUGGGUCCUGAGGUCGUACGUAAGCUGCUGCUGGAGGAGAACUUGAAGAUUCGGGACAGAAAAGAGGGCAAGCUGGAGGUCGUGGCUCUACUUUUCUCAGAUGUCCUUCUAUUGACCAAAGUGCAGAAGAAAGGAGAACGGCUGAAAGUGGUUCGACCUCCUCUGGCCCUGGACAAAACUUCUUGCGUAGCACUGAAAGAUGGCUGUUCAUUUAUUCUCGUGGAGGUAGGUGAACUUCGGAGUGCAAUGAAUGUCUACAUAUUUGUAGCCAGCACCUCAGAGAACUGCUCCACAUGGGUCUCCACCAUCCACCAGGCGAAGGAAACACUGACAAACCUGAGAAAGAUGGAGCGCAACAGACAACUGGAAAAUUGGAAAAUCCAGCUUGAGGCCAAACCUAUUAAAGAAGCCAAGACAGAUGAAAUAGAGACAGAAGAACAACCUCUUACACAAUCAGGAGUAGAAAUUAUUGUAGAUGAACUUACUGAGGAACUUAUUAUCCCACAGACAAUAAAUGGGAUUUUGGCACCUAAAGAAGCAGAGGGACAGUAUCAACCUGCAGAUGAUGUGACCACUAACAACACUAGAUUUCCUUUUUGGCAGUCCCAUUCCAGCAAAAGUAAUCAUAAAACAGUGCGUAAGAGCUUUGCUGGUCAGCAACAAGCAGUCAAAGGAUAUGAAUGGGUAGAAAUGGGAGUGAGAGGAUAUCAGGAUGGAAACCACACAGAGGAAGAAGAGAAAAUAGUUGAGACUCAGAUGACAAAGGAGCGAAGGGUGACAUUUAACCACAGGGCACAAUCUGCCCCUAAUCUGGAUCUUUUCAGUCCUAGUGCUUCUGCAGAUCCAUUGGGAUAUAAUACAACUGGACCACACAUUCUUUUACUAGGUGGAUUACCAGAUGUUGACUACCCAACAAACGAAGAUAGCUUUUUACAACUUUCUUACCAACCAACAAUGUCCAGGGAUGGGCCUGAGUUCCAAAGACUACCAGGAGAAGGAGGAAUAUCAACAAGGAGAGAUUCCCAAUUUGUGAACCAGGACAUCAGGAGAAAUUCCAGCUACAGCCAGUCUGGAGACAUGGAGACAUUUCAAGAGGCUUGGGGUUACUCAAAAAAUUUGAAGUCACCCGGGUUACAGAAGAGGAGGCCAGUUAGCAUCCAUCAGGGCCCCUCUACUCAGACCCACAAGCAGUUCUUCCAGAGCUCAGGAGAGACUUGGGCUUCUUCAAACAACUCUUCCUCCAACUCUGACUCAGACAGCAAUCUAAACAGCAAGAGAAACUCUGUUCCUUCACACCGGGUGCUCAAGCUGGGCUCCCUGAAGCCGAACCAAGGCAUGUUUUGGUGCAUGCAUGACAGAGUCUCUCCAGAUCCUCAGGCAUUGUCUGAGUCUGAACUGCCUGAUCUGAACUCCCGUAGCAAAAGGCCCAAAAUGAAAACCCAAAGGAGUUCCUCCAUUCCUAACAUUAUAAUUGAAGGUGGGCAUGGACUUCGUCUGCACCCCGGUAGAAUGUACACUUUACCCCAAGGACAAGAUACACCUUUUCGCAUCUCAGGACGUUGUCCUAAUGGACACCCCUCACCUCUCGAGGGCCUUCUGGAAAGAGCUAAAAAGAGAAUGAGGGAGCGAGAAGGAUUAAAGAGAGAGCAAAACGUGAAAAUGGCCAAUUUCCCCUUGUUUUCCACCACGCCCUCACCAUCUUCCAGUGAUGGAGACAGAGACGCAGACUGGGAGGAGGAGGUGAUGCUGAUGAGACACAGAGCCCUCUCUGUGAGUAAAGGAUGGAAAGAGCAGCUGGUAGAUGGAGAUGAAGAUGAUAACAUGAACAGUGUUGUCUUUGCAGAUGGUGUAAAUGUGGACUGGCCAGGCUGGUGCUUUGAUGAUGAUGAAGUCUUGGACCAUUUACACACUGGAGAUGAAGGGCUUCUGGAGGGCAUCGGCCGAUCUUUGGCCUUUUUGGAUUUUCACGAAUUUUCGGAGCAAGAAGAUGGGGAGUGUAGUCAGGUGUAGCUCUGAAGCCGCACUACACACUGAAGUGAAUUCAAAAUGUGGACUGCCAAUCAACAAUCUGAGAUCACAGACGGUCAUAUUAAAUGAAAUUCUGUCUAUGAAUGUGAAAUUUAGAGGUACAAACUUACAAGAACGGUAGGCUUUUUAUGAAAACAGAAUAGACAUUAUUGGAUGCUGCAGCUCAGCAGACUUCUAGUUUGCCAUUGACACAGGUCUUUACUCUGGAUAUAUGAUCAAUUAUUCUGUAAUUAAUGAACAGUAAUGUACUUUUUUUUUUGUUUUUAGAAUAAUACAUAUACAUAUGGUCAGUGUUUUGUGUAAUAUAACGCAACACUUUUUAUGAAUGAAAGUAUAUUUAAUUUAUAUAAGUAACAAUUUUCCUCUCUCACUGGAGAGCUUCAGAUUGUAUAUAAUGUAAUUUAAAAAAAAACUGAUUUAUUUAACUUUAAUGCACUUUAUUUUUAAAACAUCGUCCCAACAUGUACUAUACAUGCAAACAAAUCCUCACAUUGAACAAUUGAAAACAUUUAAAGCUGAAA